AUGCUUAAAUUGACUAACACCCAUCUCUCCAUGGACAAUAGAUUUUCACCGGUCAAUGCGUAUUCAAAAUCAUCUUUCGGAGACUUUCGUGGUGUGAACGGCAGUGGGAGAGCAGAGGUUUCUUCAGCUUCAAAACAGCAGCAUAUUCAACGAUCGAAUCAGACAAUAGAUCAGCAGCGACGAAUUACGUACCGGUCGAAUGAUCAUAGCUGGAAUGAUAACACCAAUAAUACACAUGUUUCUAAUCAAACGUUUCGUACUGAUAGUCUAAAUAAGAACAAAUUGUCAUCGUCGACACGUCAGUUUUCCAAUGGAACGUCACAGGAGAAUGUGGCCACAUCUAUGCCACACCUUUCCACCGCUCCACUUGCUCACCAUCAAAGUCUCAGAGAAGAUCUUAACCAUGCGGAUUCACAUGUCUCGUCAGGCACGAAAUCGCGGCUGAUCACACGAAAUCAGAAAACAAAUAUUAAUCUAGAGAAAACAUCUGGCUCGAACGGUUUUAAUUUACCGGCACGUGGAAAUGCUUAUCACUCCACUCGUCUCGACGCAAAUAUCUAUCCCCGGCAAACAACCAGUAAACAGCGAACACAUGUCUCUUCCAAAUCAUCACUUCACGAUCCUAACGGUGGAGAUGUUCACUUGAAUAGUAUUCUCGACGAAAAUUCUUAUUAUCUUCCUCAACAAGUCCCUGUUAUGAACAAUCCACAGCAUUUGAACAACUCAAUAUUCGACAUUUCAGCUAGUCGAAAGCCAUUUUUGAUCAACAAAACGACUUCGCUCAAUACUGCAACGAACGGAAAUUAUAACUCAGCACGUGAACUCCACCGAAGCGAUACAACUGUAGAUAAAACAACUGGUGCUCGAUUUACUAUUCGAGGUACAUCGGCAUCGAAACAACGAAAAACAUCAAGUAUGGUCAUGAUGGCCAACGCACCCAAUGAAAGAGAACGCUCAGCUCAAUCGUAUAAGUCACGUGAUCCCAAUGUAUCUUAUGCAUACACAAAUGUGAAAAAAUAUAUCGAAGAAAAUGAUUUAAUGACACCAGAGAAAGAACAUAGCAUACGAAAUUGGAUCGUCGAUGUAGAAAAGCAUCGACACGAAUUCCAAAAAUUAGAAUGA